AUGCAAUCUAGGGCUGUCCUCUUUGGCUUUGUCGCCGCCGCCUCGGCACAGACCUCUGACAACACCAGCACGGAAACGGGCUCCAUGACCGAAAUGGCCUCGACCCUCGUCACUGCCUCGCCCAUGGUCACAACCGAACCAUCUUCGACUGCUGCCGCCAUGAUGAACGGUACUAUCAUUGACGCCGGAGCGGCCGCGAGCAGCGGUAAUGCUACAUGGACCUACUUUAACACCACUGUCACGGCUACUGUGGUCGUAGCCGAGCUCACCACCUUCUGCGGUGCUGCCACCACUCUGACUUUUAACGGUGUCGAGUUCCCGGCCACCGAGGGCGAAACUAUUACCAUUACCAACUGCCCUUGCACUGUCACAACCACCACCCCAACCUUGACCUCUGAGAUCUGUCCUGGUCCCACGGGUGGCGCGGGCUCUUCUGCUGUUCCUCCCCCUCCCCCUCCUCCUCCGGCCAAUAAUGCUGCUUCCGGUGGCGGCGAGGCCGCGACAGUUCCCGGUGCCGCCUCAGCCAGCACAUAUGUGGCGCCCAGCGCGCCAACCUCGGGCGUUGUCGAGGUUUCCGCAGCGUCGUCCUUUUCGAGCAGCAUGGGACUGUUGGGCGCCGCGAUUAUUGGAUUCGCUGGGCUUAUUUCCCUAUAA